AUGACAAAUAGUUUCCAGAUUCUUCUUCUUCUUUUCCUGAAUAAUUUCUUGUCUGUUCUCGCUGGAACUCAAUCAUUUCGUGCCGUCGGACAACUUCUUUGCCGUGGAAAACCUGCCCAAUUCGCUGAACUGCAACUCCUCAAUACACGUGGCGGCGACAAAGAAUAUAACAUAAUAAUUCAAAAAGGCGUCUUCUCAGAUGCAGAUGGUUAUUUUGAAAUCUAUGGAAAUAUGCACCAAUUCUAUGAAAUCCCAGCAGCCCUCCAAGUUUUUCAUGAAUGCUUUUAUGACAUCGGAAUUUAUCAUGGACUGUGUAAAAAUAAGUUCAGUGUGAAUUUUCCGGAAGGGUAUGGGAAUGAUGGACCGCUUGCACGAAUCACCUGGGAUACUGGAAUUAUCAAUUUAGAACCGGGAGUUUUGGGACAGAACUUGGAAAAAUGUGAUUGA